AUGACGAACACGGCGGCGACAUCGGAGGCGAAAACGCCGGCGGCGGCUGAGCCACCGAAGAUAGUUUUGAAUCAGGCGAAACGACGGUUCGAGACGGAAGAUCACGAAGCUUUCAUAGAAUACAAGAUGAGAAACAACGGGAAAUUGAUGGAUCUGGUCCACACCUACGUCCCUUCUUCCAAACGUGGAUUAGGUUUGGCUUCGCAUCUCUGCGUCGCCGCUUUCGAACACGCCUCCUCUCACUCCAUCUCCGUCUUCCCUUCCUGCUCCUACGUUUCGGAUACGUUUCUUCCUCGAAACCCUUCAUGGAAGCCUUUGGUCCAUGAUAUCAAGUCUAGCAUCUGA